CAGUAAUCAGUUAUCGGCGGCGAGAGUGAUCGAGCAUCGCUAUUAUGUCACCGCAAUUAAAAACUGUGCCACGCAGUGAGGAAGCGACGGAUAUCUAUGGCGGGGAGGUGGCAGUGGUAGUGGUGGUGAGACGGUGAGGGGAGGGGAGGCGCAAGUUGCGGACCGCGGCGAGGUGAUUCGCGCGCCGCACGCCGCCGCGUUCGCACGCCCGCUCCUGUCGCGCUUCCAGCGCAUAGCUGCGCCCGCGCCGCGAUGUGUGAAUAGUGAGAGAGCGCGUCGUAAGCGCCUCGACUUCUCCAUGGAGUACCAGCACCCGCAACCAGUUCAGCCGCUCGGCCCGCCGGCGCCGCCGCCACAGCUGCUACCGCCCGCGCCGCCGCCACCGUUGCCCACACUGCCACAGUUGCAGCACGGUCACGUGCAGGACGACGACCGCUGGAGCCAGUACCACAUCUGGAGGCAACACGUAUUCGUCAAUGGCAAGUCGGUGAACAGUAAGGACACGCUAGAAGACAAGAAAGAUGAUAGCGAGCUGUGGGAGGCGCAGGCCGCUUUCCUCGGACCCAACCUUUGGGACAAGACCCUGCCCUACGACCCCGAUCUCAAGUACGUGGACCUAGAUGAAUUCCUGUCGGAGAAUGGCAUGCCGGGCGAAGGCCUGGGCGGUGCGCACCUCGGUGGCUCGGCCUUCGGGCCGGGCACGGGCCUGGCGCUGGGACUCCAGGCGCCCAUCACCAAGCGAGAGCGCUCACCAUCACCCUCCGAUUGCAUGAGUCCCGACACCAUCAACCCGCCGCUCUCGCCCGCCGAUUCAACAUUUUCAAUGGCAUCGUCAGGGCGCGAUUUCGAUCCCCGGACGCGUGCUUUCUCCGAUGAGGAGCUCAAGCCGCAGCCCAUGAUCAAGAAGUCCCGGAAACAGUUUGUACCCGAUGACCUGAAAGAUGACAAGUACUGGGCCCGCCGGCGAAAGAACAAUAUGGCGGCGAAGCGUUCCCGGGACGCGCGGCGCAUGAAAGAGAAUCAAAUCGCGCUGCGAGCGGGUUAUCUCGAGAAGGAGAAUAUGGGGUUACGGCAAGAAGUGGAGCUACUGAAGAAGGAAAACCAUAUCCUUCGCGAGAAGCUGUCUAAGUACGCGGAUGUAUAGGCGGCCCGCGAACCCACUAUCCCGUAUAGCACAAACACGCCACACGAUAAGUCGCGGGCGACGCCGCUGCCGGCCCCGGGCACUUCAUAUUUACCAUCUAUUUGUGAUGCUUUUUAAAUAUUCGGUUUUAAGUGUACUUUUACUGACGAGUAACCGUUAGUUAUGUGAGACUUAUGGACUUAUUAACUGUGACUUUGGUCCACUUCUUCCUUUCCCUCAAACGCAUAUCCGCUUUGCGGAUCCUAUUUCUCCUUCUCCUGUUCUACUUGAUGUUGUCAUUUCUUCUUUAUUAGAGCCAGUUAUCUUAUAGCACACUCGAUGUGUCAAUAUUUUAGAUUUAAAUUUAUAGGUAGUACCUUUUACAAAAUUCUUCCACUAUAUAUGUACAUACAUAUAAAGACAAUGAAUAUUGAUGUCUUUCUUUAUUCUCUUACUUCAUGAAUUGACCUUCACGAUAUUGUUAUAAGAGAAGUGGCUCUUUUUAAUGUUAUUAUAUACUAUGAUAGUAAUAAUCAGUAUAACAGUUACCGUAAGUUUUAUUUAUUAGUGUAAUAGGUGAAUCUUAACCAAAGUUCCGUUUGAACUCUGAUCUAUCGUCGUAUCUAAUUCCUUCAUUCGGACUCGGUUCGACAUUCUACAGGGUUAGUCAACGACGUACGGACCAAAAUUUAUGGAGAAUCGUUAUUUUACAAAAAAAGGGUGUUUGUUGUGUCCCCGUCCCGAGCGUGCGUCGUGCCGCGCCCCGGCCCGGCCCGGCCCGUUCCAUGUUACGUCUCAAAUCGAACCCGGAUACGGUCCGGGCCGUACCGAUCCGGGCGCGGGUCGUCGUUUAAGUUAAAGUUGUUGAAUAUUUAUAUUGUAUUGGCACCGGUCGCGUGCGGCGUGUGCCGGCAGGCCGCCGCGCGUUAGUUUGCUCAAGUGGCUCGCGUACGCAUGCGCAAGUGUAGUGGCUGCGUCUGUAUAUAGGUAGUUUUAAUAGACCCCGCGUCGAGCCCCGGACACACCGGCUCGCCCGCGAUCUGUGUUACAACCGUCGCCGUUGCCAGCUCCGCCCCGUCCGUCCCCUGUUCCGGAAUGACUGCAGUACCGAUCCGUGUCACGUGUCCGGGGCCGCGGGGUCCGCAGGUUUCCCGCUCUGGCUCGCUUCGUAGGACCGCUCCGUAUGAGAUUAGCCCGCGAGGCGCCCGGCGAUAACGACUCAGUCCCAAUUCCCUGGGUGCCCCGCUCGCGCCCUCUGUCGUUUCCGUAGUGAGCGAACACUAGUUUCGUUUCAAAUUUACAUAGUAGGUAGUGUAAGUAGUACGUAGAUUCCGUAGCGUAGUCGUUAUUAGUAUAUUUUUUGUUAUGGCUGUAGUUGUUAACGUUUUUGAAAGUUUAUAUUAUUUUUUUUAGUUUUAAAAGAGACUCGCGUUAUCGCGUCAAAAGGGUUGGACCCGCGUACAUAGAUAUGGAUCGGCGCUCCGUGCCUCACACCGUUACCCAAACAGCGCGGCCGUGCGAAAGCGUAUCGUGUCCGCCGCGUUCCCAUCGCGUCCGCUCGCCCCGGACCAACCCGCGCGGCCGCGUCCCCAUGCACAUGACUGCAUCAUCUGGACUUUUCCUCUGCACUCUAUUUGACUCGUGCUAAUCUUAUAAUAUAUUUUUGUAGGUUUUUGUCGUUGAUAAAUGAGUCAAUUGAAUGUUUAUUGAAUUGAAAUAAAAAAGUAAUGUUUAUGAACUAAGACUAAGAAGUUGUUGCAUUUGAAAGUAUUUUAUGAAUACAAAGCGAGAACAAUAAAAUGUUUUUUCUAUAAAGGUUUACACGUGAGGGAUACUAUAAAGGUGUGACGGUUGAACUUUUGAAAUGCACUGUUUCAUAUCAAAAUGAUAUUAAAUGUAAUUAACUUAAUGUUAAUCGGCCGCGCAGUGUGGCAUUUGAUAUUCCAUCUUGUUUGUUAAAAAGUAUACAAUGAAUUACGCAAUAUGAUAUAUAUCUAUACUAAAUUGUUUCUCCGAAAAUAUGUAAUAUGGAUAUAUAAUGUUAUAAUAAGGUAUCGUGAUAAGAAGGAGUUGUAUGUAAGAGCAUCGCGGAAGAAUCGCCUUGCCGCACCCCGCGCCCGCCAUUCUCCGCCUCCCUUAUUUAUUUCCACUCCCCCUACCCCCGUCUUCACACUACCUUCCCAUGGACAUUACGACAACAUAAAACCAUAUUGAUUUACAUGUACGAGUAGUAUUUUGUUUGAUUAUAACUUAUAUGGUUCUAUGGAUUGAAAUAAAUGUUAAUUGUUGU